UGUGGAGGCCAAUAUGGCUAAGUCUGCACAGUUCAAUCUCUCACCUCUUCCAUUUCAGAAGCACAGCAAAACACCCAAUAUCAGCUUUGGUGGAACCAAUAUCCUACAUAAUAAGAGACCCAAUUGGCCAAAGCCUUUGUCACUGCGCUCAAAAUCUGCACUUGCUCGAGCUCACUCUUUGGAAACAAUGGCAGAUGAUUCCAGUCGCUCGGCCCUUCUCGUGAUCGACAUGCAGAAAGAUUUUAUAGAAGGUGUGGGUCCCUUUCUUGUCAAAGGAGGGAAAGAAAUUGUCCCUAAUGUGAUUAAAGCUGUGGAUGUUGCUAGGCAGCGUGGAAUUCUCAUUAUCUGGGUACUACGGGAACAUGAUCCCUUAGGAAGAGAUGUUGAACUCUUUCGUCGCCAUCUAUAUGGUGCAGGGAAAGUUGGUCCAGUCAGUAAAGGAAGUGAAGGUCUAGAAUUAGUUGAUGGACUGGUUAUCAAAGAAGGGGAUUAUAAACUUGUGAAAACCCGUUUUAGUGCAUUCUUUGAUACACACCUUCAUUCAGUCCUUCAAGGAGCAGGAAUUAACAGUCUGGUGAUCACUGGUGUUCAAACUCCCAACUGUAUUAGGCAAACUGUCUAUGAUGCUGUAGCAUUGGACUAUCAACCAGUAACUGUUAUUGUUGAUGCUACAGCAGCGGCCACACCUGAUAUUCAUCUCGCUAAUUUGUUUGACAUGAAAAAUAUUGGAGUUGCAACUCCAACAUUAGAAGAAUGGAGCAAGCCCAAAGCUUGAUCUAUAUGAACCAUGCUACUUCUGCAACCUGUGCCGUUCAAUUCCAACACACGAGGUUUUGGUGUCUUUGGCAGUGUAUAGUUAAGCGAACCUUUGUGUGCUGUUAAUAAAAUAAUUUACAUGACCAUAUUUAUUUUAGUA